AUGGAGAACACUGACAUUGAUAUGGUAAUCAGUGUACCUGACUCUCCAGAUAAAGCGGUACGACGUGGUUCUUUAUCCAGAGAGAUUAAGAGAAGACCGCAUUCUCCAGAAGCGCCGGCAAGAUAUCAAAGAGAAGAAUACCGUAAUUACCUUAACGGUAGAACCAGACCAGUCCCUGGCGUUGGGGAAAAUCGGGAAAGUUCUGAUACGCGAACUGAGAACGGGCAUCGCUCUCGUGCUUCUGUAGGCAACGCUUUGUUUAGGAGAACGACAGGGGUUGAGAAGGAUAGAGGGAAAUCCAUCUGCACUGAUCUAGAUCAACGUAAUAAUGGACAUGGUCAUGUUACUUCAUCGAGAAACUUGCCAUCUGAAGAUAUAAGAGAGCUCCGCACAAGUAAUGGUUGUUCUCCUUUACGAGGUGAUCAUAACUCUUUUAAGCUGCCCGGGAUUAUUAGUAAUAAGGGUAAAGAAAAAGUAGCUUGUGGCUCUGUUUCUAAUCGAGAAACAAUUGACCUCUCCAGUGAGAAAAAGCCGAAAAGAGGUACGAAAAGACUGGUAAGACAUGGCUGCAUAUCUCCGCAUGAGAUAGCAGCUAGAGCUAAACAAGCUGCUGAUACCAAUUCCAAGGAUACAGUUUGUGUUGAACCGGAAACAGCUCCUGAAACUGCAUCUUCGAUUGACAUAAGAGAGAUUGUUUCUGGAAAUGAAGUUCACGGAAGAGCUCGAGGAAAAAGACCAGAAAUUCCCCGUAGCAGGACGUCAAGUAGAGAUGCAGUUGGCUCAGAGCCAGAGGGAUGGAUUAGUACGCGUAACCGGAAAUCAAAUAUUGGCCAUGAAACGAAUCGGAGGGAUGAGAGUGACACUCAGGAAAUUUGUAGUUCGGUUUCCAGAAUUGAUGUAGAUGAAACAAUUGGUGGAGUUGAAAGAGAAGCUAGACAACAACGACGGCGGAAAAAUGGAUUUACUACUGCAAGGGCUUUAAAUGAGCAAGAAGUCUCUGUUAUUAGAUCUUCUGGGGAACCAUCUAGUUCAAGGCCAUCAAGAAUUCGGAAUCAUCAAAGGCAAGGCACACAAGUGUUGGAAAUUGAAGAUUCAUCUCCUGAUGUACAGGUUUUCCGGGGUCCUAGACGUGUUGAAAACAAUGAAUCUGAUGUGAAUGUAAGCCAGAUAGAAGCAGAUGAGAUCUUGGCUCGUGAAUUGCAAGAACAGCUGUACCAAGAAUCGCCUUUGAUUACAAAUGAGCAGAUGGAUGAAAACAUAGCCAGGUUACUGGAACAAGAAGAGAAUUCUCUCCGUGCUUCUUCUAGUCGUUCUAAUCGUAAUACCCAGAGCUAUAAUACCAUGCCAAUCCCAGGUUUAAGAAGUCACUUGGAAGCACGACAGCAACAACCUUCCCCAAGUAGGCGGUUUAAUCCUCCACAGGCUCGUGUUUCUGUUAGAGCACCACCUCGAGGCAGAGGUCAGCGUCUAGGCCGUGCAUCUGCUUCACUACACAGAUCGUUGAAUCUCAAUUUUCCAAAUGAUAUGGACGUAGAAUCGAGAUUGAAUUUUCUAGAGGAACUAGAGAAUGUUAUUGGGCAUUCCGUUAAUAAUAGCAAUCUUCUUCAUAUGGAUCGUGAUUUUACCGAAGAUGACUACGAGUUGCUGCUAGCUCUUGAUGAUAACAAUCAUCGACAUGGCGGCGCUUCUACUCAUCGCAUUAACAACUUGCCACAGUCCACGGUUCAAAAUGAUAAUUAUCAAGAAACUUGUGUUAUUUGUCUGGAAACACCGACGAUUGGAGACACUAUUCGUCAUCUUCCUUGUUUGCACAAAUUCCACAAAGAUUGCAUUGAUCCAUGGCUUGGACGGAGUAAAUCGUGCCCGGUUUGCAAAUCCUCCGUCACUUAA